AUGGCUAGAACUAAGCAAACAGCAAGAAAAUCCACAGGUGGUAAAGCACCAAGAAAGCAGCUGGCCUCCAAGGCAGCCAGAAAGUCCGCACCAUCUACCGGUGGUGUCAAGAAACCACACAGAUAUAAGCCAGGUACCGUCGCGUUGAGAGAAAUCAGAAGAUUUCAAAAAUCGACCGAACUUUUGAUCAGAAAGCUGCCCUUCCAGAGAUUGGUCAGGGAGAUCGCGCAGGAUUUCAAGACAGACUUGAGGUUCCAAUCUUCAGCCAUCGGGGCCUUGCAAGAGUCGGUUGAAGCGUACUUGGUCUCUCUGUUUGAAGACACCAAUUUGGCAGCCAUCCACGCCAAGCGUGUCACCAUCCAGAAGAAGGAUAUCAAGCUGGCUAGAAGAUUGAGAGGUGAAAGAUCGUGA